GCAGACGAAAAAACAAGUUUUUUCAAGUUGUUUCGUUAAAAGUGGUUUUACUUGUUUUCUUUUUUUUUUUAAUUAUUUCCGUGUUGUUGUUAUUCAUGGAUGAUUACGUGAGAACCUACUUACGGUGAAGGAAGAAAUUGAACAUUCACAGCUGCUGGUUAUUAAGGAACAAAAUGUUGAUGAAGAGUUUGAUUACUCGUCAUAAUCGAGUUGCUGUUGCUUUCAUCGAGCGACAGUACACAACGACAACCCAAAUUCCUUACAUUUUGAGAUGGAUGAAGUCGGAAACAACAAAGAAAAGCGAACCUUUGUAUGAUGGGCACAUUCCCAUAAAUUUGCUUCAAAGAGCUGUCCUUUCUGUGGGUUCUAGCAUUGUGGCGCUGACAGAUCCUGCAAGAGGAGACAUGGUCGCUGUCAAUGGAGAAAGUUCUGGCCACUCUGCUCUCAAAAAGAUGCACAGAAAGAUGCUGGAGAGUGAAGAAGGCCGACAAAUUCUCAUGGAGAGGCCUAAAAUAAACUCGAGCACAAUAGACAUUGAGAAGCUCAAAUCUUACCCAGACGGAACUUUAGGAAGAGAAUACACCAAGUUUCUCGAAGUCAAUAACGUCAGCCCGGAUACGAGAUUGCCUGUCCGCUUUGUUGACGACGCCGACUUGGCUUACGUGAUGCAGCGCUACCGCGAAACCCACGACCUGGUGCACACUUUGCUGGGAUGUCCCACCAACAUGCUAGGCGAAGUUGCAGUCAAGUGGGUUGAAGCCCUUCAGACAGAAUUGCCCAUGUGUAUCGGUGGUGCUGUGUUUGGACCUAUCCGCUUGAAACCGAAGAACCGGUCGACUUAUCUGAGCAAGUACUUACCGUGGGCCAUAGGCGUGGGCUCGAGGAGCAGCUUCUUAAUGAACGUCUUCUACGAGCGACGCUGGGAACAAGAUAUCGCAGAAUUGCGUGACGAAUUGAAAAUCGAAACUCCACCUGGGGUUUGAUAGGUCUGCCGCCUUCCCAUUGAGACCGACGUCUGCCGGAUGCGGAGACACAACACUGAACCCCCCGCAAAGAUGCGCCACCACCACCACUCUCGCCAACAAAUUUGGACCCUUUCAGUCUCUAAUAAUUGUUGUUUUCUUUUUCUUUCUUUAUUUCCUUCCCUCUUGUCGUUUUUAUAUAUUUCCCUACUCUCUUGAUUGGUACUUCUUCGUCCCAUCUGAGUGUCUCUUCUCCCUCCCGCCAGCCGGGGGACCUGGCCUGAUGGGCGCCCAUCAUUUUCAUAGAGAAGAGAAUAGAAUUGGCCGACACAAUGGACGGCUGAUUGAAUACAUCCUCGCGCGUUGAAAGAAUUGAUGUCUGACGCGUGUGUUAUUA